AUGGGGAAUACGUUACAAAUGAUAUUCAGUAGCGAUCCAUUUCCAAAAGAGGGUUCAAAUCCGACAUUUGAUCCGGCAUUUGGAUUUAAUGGGGAGCGUAAAAAAAGAGGCAAGUAUUUUAUACAAACCUAACCUUUAAUGAAUACACUUAGAUCACUGAUUUGUAUGUUUUAUAUUUUAUAUGUGUACAAUUGUGUGAAUGACAUGGUCAAUUAAAAUGUACUUCAACACUGUCAAUUUUUUGUUAUUAUUUAAUUUAUAUUAUUCCUAUUAUAUUUAUCUUUAUAAGUACUCUAUCAGUGACAUAACAGUAUGAAUAAAACUUUCGACAAUUGAUUUUGAUGAACAGUUUUGUUAAUAUUACUACAAUUGUAGAAUAUAAAUAAAAUGUACAUCGUAAUGAGCAAGAAAAAUGUUGAGUACCAAUAAAAUAUCUCUAUCUUCAUAUGAUUUCUUUAUCUGCUAAGAAUAUAAUUAAUUGAAACAAUUUGUCUGAUUGUUAUGUAUUAUGUCUAAUUGUAAGUGUUAUUUUACAGUUAUGUCUAUACCGGAAGAAGAUUUGAUAGCUGCCAAAGUUCCUGUCAAGUUAAGAGAUUAUUGUGCUGAUAAGUAUUUGGAUUAUCAACGUUGUUAUGUAAAAAAGUUUCCUCUUGUAACAAGAUGUUAUCAUGAAAUACAUCAUUAUCUUCAAUGCGAAUAUGAUGAGUAAGUUUUCAUUGAAAAAUAUUAACAAAUUAUUUUUAUUUAAUAUAUUCUAUAAACACCUUUUAAUAAUAAUUUGUAUACAUUAUAGUGAUGUCUUGAGGUCAAAGGAAUAUGAAAGAGAGCGUAGACUUCGUCUCAGAGAACUCAGGAAGCAAAAGGCUCUGGAAGCAGCAGCAGCUUAA